AAAAGGUUUGCGCAUCCGCCCUGACAUAUUGCCGGCUCAUUGUUCUCGGGAUCGGACUGCUCGGGAUUUUCGCGCCUCGGGUUAGGGCACGCGACCUGGUCGCCUGACUGGGCGGGGACUCCUCCGCUCUGACGUGGCUGACGAAGCUGACGUAGCUAAUUUGCGAGCAAACCAAAACAUCAAAUAAACAUAAUUCAAUUUCAACAAUUGCCCCGUGACGUCUGUUGACAAAGACUGCGGCUUCGAGUGGUUCCUGAUCCUGAUCCCGUUUCUGGAUCUGGUUGGGUUAAAUGAUCCGUGAAAUGUAGCGACCAGCUCUAUCUGCCUUGGAUCUAAUUGCCCUGGUUGUGCUUGGUUCGCAUCCCGUGGGAAUCAAACUCCAGUUGAGUCGGAUCAACAGGUUCUCGGACCCCUAUAUCGCACUCCGAUUACUGGCAGACUUUUCGACUCUCAUUUGCCCGUAGAACUGUACUUUAAGGGGAGCACGAUAGGGUUAUCUGGGGUAGGUCCCCCAUCCUUAAAGCAUCCUUUCUUGCCCUCCCACGUCAUCAAAGCGGUGGACACAAACAUGGCGGCUCCCUGCUGUGCGAAAUAUAAUGGCAGUCUGUCAAAAACAGGUGAAGGAAGCACAAGGCGAAUGCUGGAGCUGAAGCCAAAACUGAGGGGGAGUGACUGGAAUUUAGGGAUGUUGGUAAAAGCGACUUAACGAUACCCUCUAAUCAACAAGGAUAUGUUUGAUGUUUGGAUUUCAACUGAUAUAAAAAAUCAUGCAUUGCCUAAAAAAUCCAUAAUUUAAUUACAUUUAAUUAAAUUAAAACCAAUCUCCUGGUUUAUAUAAAAAUAUUAUUAAAUGUUACUUAAAAAGAAAAAUGCAAGGGACGAAACGCCACUGACAAGCGCUUAAACAAUAUUUUACAGUCUUAGCCCAAGAUCAAAUAACAUAUCUAAGAAACCCAACAAAUCAAUUAUCAUAAUUAACUCCAAAUCCAGAACUACGCCCAGCAAUCGAAGGUCAGCCAGAGGCGAAUAUAUCCUGCGAAUUUCCCACAGCAUCCGCUCCUUUUACAUGGGCAAACACCCUGUACUUGGCAGGCUCCGCCCAUCGAGUUCAAAACGCACAACGACUGGCUGCAAGGAUACUUAGGGGUUGUUCAUGUCCUAACCAGAGUUGCGGCAUUUCCAAUUGGAUCUGCGGCACUAUAAAAGGCUCGCAAUUCCCGGGAGAUGGACUCAUUAAAGUUGUUAACUUAUUGGACAGCGGAAGUGCGUAAAGGUGUCGGAAAAAUAAACAACAUUUUUAAGUUGUUCAAAUAAAAGAGUAAUCUUAAGUGAGGAAAAUUAAAAAAAAGAUGUCGCGAAACCAAUUGCCAGACUCAUCUUCCUCGCCACCCAUAAGUCAUUUACCCUUUCACAACUUCGACGAUGAUCUGAUUAACGAUCUGCCCUCCUGCAUUUAUGCGGGUCAGCAUCAGGGUGGAAGCGCCACUGGAGGAGGCGGCGGUGGGUCAGGAGGAGGCGGUGGCAACUCCGGUCUGCGUCUCAGCUCGAAUAAUCUACGUCACAUCCAACAGCAUUAUAUGCAGCACAGCGGAGAGAACAUGCUGGACUCCUCAACCAACCCCAUGGGGGUGCACAAUUCAGGGGGUGGAGCACCCCUGAUGUGCAACAGUCCCAGUGCCAGCAGCAGCGGAGGAGGCGGCGCCAACGGAGGAUCAGCCACUCCGGGCGGAGGAGGUGGCCCCAAUCCCGGGUACGGAUCUGUGGGAGCCACAGCUGCGUCCAACUACAAAAUGCAGCGACAAGCGGCCAAUGUGCGGGAAAGGAAACGCAUCCAGAGGUCCGCCCCAACUGGGUACACCAAAUGUAGCAUCAAUUCGGCCUUCGAUGAGCUAAGGGUCCAUGUGCCCACUUUUCCGUACGAGAAACGUUUGAGCAAGAUCGACACUUUGCGCCUGGCCAUCGCCUAUAUAUCCUUGCUCCGUGAAGUGCUCCAAACUGACUACGACCCAUUGACCUAUGUGGAGAAGUGUCUGCGGGGGGAGAUUAAAGCGGAUCGGGCCAACUGGAAUACGAGUGAUCUAACAGCCCGUCUUUCCUGGAUCAAUUGGGAGAACCUGGGCGUCCAUCCUGGUAGGCGAACGCUGCUCACAUCACUGGCUUUAUCCUCGGAGCCAAUGUGCGGGGCCCACUGUGGAAUGCCAUAAAUAUAUUCUGA